AGCAUAGAUAGAUCGUUCACUUCCACGGUCUGCGCUCCAAGCAAACCAAGCCUCCGAGCUAAGCGAGAGUGUGCAGUGACCAGUGGGGAUCACCGCCGACCGGGGAAGAUGGAUCACGCGGCGGACACGUACCGGACGGACCUCAUGACCAUCACGCGGUACGUGCUCAACGAGCAGAGCAGGUUCCCGGAGUCGCGCGGCGACCUCACCAUCCUCCUCUCCCACAUCGUCCUCGGAUGCAAGUUCGUCGCCUCCGCCGUCAACAAAGCAGGGCUCGCCAAGCUCACCGGACUCGCCGGCGAGACCAACGUCCAGGGUGAGGAGCAGAAGAAGCUGGACAUCCUGUCCAACGAGGUGUUCGUCAAUGCCCUCGUCAGCAGCGGUCGCACCUGUGUUCUUGUGUCCGAGGAGGACGAGCUGGCCACCUUCGUCGACCCUAAGCUCCGUGGAAAGUACUGUGUUUGCUUCGAUCCCCUGGAUGGCUCCUCCAACAUCGACUGCGGCGUCUCCAUCGGAACGAUCUUUGGGAUUUACAUGAUCAAGAACUUUGACACCGUGACCCUUGAGGAGGUGCUGUUGCCUGGGAAGGACAUGAUUGCUGCUGGAUACUGCAUGUAUGGGAGUUCAUGCACGCUUGUUCUGAGCACUGGGAGUGGUGUCAACGGCUUCACGCUUGACCCUUCUCUUGGAGAGUUCAUCAUGACGCAUCCAGAAAUCAAGAUACCUCCUAAAGGAAAGAUCUACUCUGUGAAUGAAGGAAAUGCCAAGAACUGGGACACUCCUACUGCAAAGUAUGUUGAGAAGUGCAAGUAUCCCACGGAUGGUUCAUCACCUAAAUCCUUGAGAUACAUUGGCAGCAUGGUUGCUGAUGUCCACCGCACGUUGCUAUACGGUGGUAUAUUCUUGUACCCUGCCGACAAGAAGAGCCCAAAUGGCAAGCUCCGUGUGAUGUAUGAAGUGUUCCCCAUGUCGUUCCUGAUGGAGCAAGCUGGAGGCCAGUCUUUCACAGGCAAAGGACGGUCACUUGAUCUGAUCCCUACCAAUAUCCACGAGAGAUCCCCGAUAUUCCUCGGCAGCUACGACGACGUGGAGGAGAUCAAGGCGCUGUAUGCGGAAGAAGCCAAGGCAGGAGCGGCAUGACCGAUGAUCGUCGUAUGCAAGCAAAUCGUCGACGACUGCUCCGACCGGCCUUACCGUGAUGUGAUUCAUAUAUCAGGCAUUUCUUUUCUUGGUCUUCAUUACCCUGUGACAUUCAGUGUAAUAUAGUGGUGGAGGCCUUGGGCAGUUUCAUUCAUGUGAAGCUAAGGCUUCUGCUUCUUGCAACAGUUCACUGAUGACACGUAAUAUACAUCCAUACGUAAACACA